UCUCGUCAACAGUAAGCGACAAAGAUGGCUGCCGGCGUUCUCCUUCGCUCCUUGUCUUCUAACUUUUCCACAGUUUUGCCUUCACUGAGACGCUCGGCGUAUAACGCUUCUUUCCGGAGAACACUGUCAUCUUCUGGACGGUUAGCAGCAGCACUUAAAUUCACAGACAAGCACGAAUGGAUUCGAGUAGAAGACAGUGGAAUUGGUACUGUCGGUAUCAGCAACUUUGCACAAGAGGCUCUGGGAGAUGUAGUUUACUGUGAACUGCCAGAGGUUGGGAAGCAACUCACACAGCAAGAUGAGUUUGGAGCUUUGGAAAGUGUGAAAGCAGCCAGUGAACUUUAUUCCCCUCUAACUGGAGAAGUUGUAGAGGUCAAUACACGACUGGCAGACAAUCCCAGUCUUAUCAACAAAUCCUGUUACGAAGACGGUUGGUUGAUGAAAAUGACCAUUGCCAGCCCCGCUGAACUGGACGCUCUAAUGGACGAAGCAGCCUAUAAGAAAUACGUCCGCUCCAUUGAGGACUAAGCUCUCGCCUCCCAAUAAGUUCCUCGCUGCUUUCCAAAACACCACUGGCGGGCGAAGCCUUUGUCAGGAACAAGUCUAUGAUGAAAUGUAGAAGCUCCCAGUUUGCUGACCUGCCAGUGCUGUAGAAUUAUGAGUGUUCUGAAUCUUUUAUCUACUGUUACAUCUACUGAACAUUCAGUGUUGAGUUCUCGCAUUUUCAAAGCCUCCAAACAGAAGAGACUAAGACCCUGUUCAUACCUGAUAUUUACAUCCGUCCUCAGUGAUCCAGUCACAGCUAAGGUCCUCUGAAUUUGAGAUCAUCCAAUGUGUUGGAACCCUGUUAAUACCAAGUCUGACCAGGGUCUAAGACUCAGAAACCCAGUGGUGCACAGUGCAGGCAUGUGAUGGUGGGUAUUGUGACAUUUCACAGCUGACUGACAGCUCGUACCAACGCAAGAGAGAGAGUUUUGUCACACAAUCAAUGUCAAUGUCAUUUAAAACUUACUUUUUAUUUCAUGUCUGUACUUUGAAGUCUGAUCACAAGUGCACAGUGGACGCACAGGUCUGAAUGCAAAUACAGAUGUGGUUUCAGGACACUUGUCAGCACCCACACAUUAAUUUAUUUGUAGCCACCACCUCAGUAUUAACACACUGCUCAACAUGUUUUAUUUUAUUCUCAUGGGUUAAAUAAAAAAAAAAAGAGUAGUGCUUUGAUUUCACUCUCUCUCUGUUUUACAACCUUGACUUUGGACACAACCCUCCCUCCCUGUGAACAUGUCGUGUCAUAAAUGACUAUUUGAAGCCAGAUCUAUGACAUGACAUGUCAUAGAUGACAUGACAUGUGGUCACAGAAACAUCCAGAAUAUUUAAGUUACAAGGUAUCUACUUCCUACUGGAUCACUCGCGACAUCAUGUUAAUACCAGGUACGAAUGAUGCCUUUACGUCAAGCAUGUGCUUUUGACUUUCUAUUCCAGGGUGUUGUUAAACUUAAAAAAUAAAGCACUUUGUUGUAUUAAGAAUCAUGUGGGUCAUACAUAUGCAUUAAUGACAGCGACACUGUAGACAUGCAACCUGUGAAGUGGUAAAUAAAUAAAUAAAUGGUUCUUUACACAU